AUGAUAUCGGCGGCCAGCUGGCACCCCGAUGACCACUCGCCAGCAAUGGUCACAGUGCGGUCCCACCUGACGGAUCUGGUAUCAGAGGUGACUGCCCUUGCAGGGCUGGGUGACCCAGACAGCCCAGAAGGCAAAUUCAGCAAUGCACAAGAUCAAGAGCAGGAAGACAAUCGCGAGAUGGGAUCCGAGAGGCGUGGAAGGCUGUUGCGGCUUCUCAGUGUUCUUGGUCGGGUUGAGAGGAACGUUCCUACACCAAUCGCGGUCAUUUGGUUCCUGAUCUGCGUGAGAGCGACAGACAAGCAAAGCCAAGAAUGAAUGCCAAACGGACCGUUUCCCCCAUGUGCCUUCAGUUGACCCUGUUGACUUUCCUGGUGACACAAAUGAUCCGCUCAUCGGUGCAGUGCCCCACGUAAGGCCAUCCACUCACACGAAGGAGAAGUGGGCCUUCCUGACCUUACAGCUGGUGCAUCACAGGAUUUCCGGAUACAAGUACUGUCUUCAAAAGGUGGGCUCGUAGCAAGGGAUCCACAUGACAAGUGGAUGUGCCUGAUAGUAGCCUGUGUCGUAGACGUACCCGCCAUGGGGCACAGAGAAGAACGCCAUGGUACGCCAAACAACACCGCGCGAGAAACGCUGUCCACAAGUGUCGGCUUCUCUCAAGUGAUCCAUUUGUGGAUGCAGCGCCCGUGCAACUGCCGUCAGUACGGGGCGGGAUUUGGCGUGGAUCCAAGAGAGUUUCGGGACGGCAUCGACGAGUACACUACCAUUGAAGGUAUCGGUGUUGGCUUCGAUUCCUCGUCGACAGAAAGAGUUCUCAACGCCAAGCAAAAACUGCCUCUCCAGGCCAUACCCGACUCGAUUCACCACCACAAAUUCCUUAAAUGUAUGCCUCGCUCAGCAGAAAGGAGCCCAACAUGUCAAGCCGUUUGUUUCCGUUCAGACAUUAUUUAUCAGUUGAGCGCGAUCAGCUCAUUGCCACGAGCGCUGCUGGCCCUGCCGGAUUUGGAGUAUAUAAAUCUCGCUUUCUGCGAUAUCGGUAGCUGUGUAUGUAUCCCUCAAACAGCCAGCCAGCCAGCCAGCCAGACAGCCAGACAGUUGCAAUGUCUCUCACAGACAGACAGUUGCAAUGUCUCUGUGCUCACCAGGCGAGGUGCCUGACUGGCUGCCGUAUCUUCCCAAGCUGAAGGCACUGGACCUGCGAUUGAACCGCAUCGCCAGUCUUCCCUUGACGAUGACCAAGGCAGCUAAUACCCUGAACAACCUCUUUCUGCUGCUCAAUCCGAUCUGCUUCAAUGGUUGGUUCGACACCAUCACUGACAGAGACAUGCAGCGACUCUUCGAUCGGCUGAAGCCCUGCCCCGACAUCAUCCAAGACCCAUUGAGACCCGACACCAGAGCAAGGGCCAUUGACGAGGGCCACCUGCAGAUCCAUACACUGUCCGGGGCAACCGCUACAAGCGAUGAGUGCCUUCCGAUCUGCACGCUGGUAUCACUCACAUGACACGGACAAAGGUGCAAGAGAACUCUGCAAAUGUCCGUUUGUGUGUGUGUGCAGAUGCACUCGUAUUUCCGGGGGCUGGACGGCAAUUUCGACAAUUCUUUGUGUUUCAAGGAGAUUGACAACGUGAUAUCGGUUGAAAAGGGGGUGUACGACAGCCUACUCAGACACUACCAGGCAGACGACCUCACCCUGCCAUGCGCAAAAUGGAGUAAGGCAGUAUGUAUGUGCAAGCGAAAUGAUACGUCCAUACUACUUAUGUUGCUGUCCCUUUCCCUCAGCGACAGUGAUGCAGUACGGAAGCCACGAUAUUACUGACUGCUCAAGCUGUUCCUUUGCCAUCACCGAGGUGGACCACCAGCGGCAGCACACGGGCGACCUCAGCACCGGUUCGACAGAAGCGAGGUGGUCCACACUGCCUGUUGCUGUCGUCGAGUCUAAUGUGGGCCAGAGACACCAGAGAUGCAGGCAGCCAUGUUGAUUUUGUGUGUGUGUGUGUGUAUGUGUGUGUGUAUGUGUAUGUGCGUGUGCGCGGCAGGUGACCGGCAAUGCUGUGUGGCACAACGACAAAGUGUAUCUGCUCGCCAGCCAGAUCCAUGUCCAUCCGCCGGCAAUCCUCACCAUCGAGCCAGGUGCACACAUGAUACGCUGUAUCAUGCCCGGCCUGUCAGACUUCAUUGUAUCGUGUGUCUUCUCACGCACAGGCACAUUGAUCCGUGGCGUCAACGUCAUCAAGCGGGGCUUCUUCACUGGGUGAGAGCACCUCACAUGUACACAAUAUGUGUGAAUGCUGCAGACACGUAUUUGUCGCAGCCUCACCAGUGCUCUGGUCGUCAAUCCAGGCGCGAAGAUAUACGUCGCAAACAAGAGACACACACCGCAUCAGCACAGAAUUGAAUUGAAUGGAUGUGUGUCACCCGUUCUCAGGCGAAUGGAACAAAGGAGCAGCCGAUCACCUUCACCGGUGAAUGAAAAUGACCGGUGAAGGAUUCACCGCCUCUUUUCACUUUCAGCUGAGGACGUUAAUGACGAGACCAAACCCGAGAGGGAAAAGUGGGGCGGCCUGGUGAUCCUGGGCAAGUGGGUCUCGCAGCACAGGCAGACAGACAGAAAGAAAGACAGACAGACGUGUUUGUCGCUUUCCCUCCUUUACAGGGCGCCUACCAACAACGGCGGUGACGAUGGCAUGGACGUCAUCGACAGCCUCGUCCCUGAGGUCAAAUACGGAGGUUGGUGCGAUCGGACUCAACCACUAUCACACAGUCAAUCGUUCUCCUUUUUCAUCAGGGACGAAUGCGAGUGACGAUUCCGGUGUCCUGCGGUACGUGCGUGUGUGGUAUGGCGGAAAGGAGAUCGGCGAGAACAACGAAAUCAACGGAAUUACGUUCGGCAGUGUGGUGGGAUUAAUCAAUGAAUGACGUGUGGAUAUGCAUUCACGUAGCGCAUGUACAUGAUGGGAAUUGCAGGGAAAUGGGACCACAGUCGAGUAUGUGGAAGUGGCAUUCGAUGUUGACGAGUGAGCGAGAGGGAGACAGGGCGAUUCAGAGACACCACUAUAUUGUGCCUGUUGCUCUUUCAGUGGAAUUGAGCUCUUUGGUGGCACCGUCAACCUGCGCUACGUGUCUCUCCGUGUAAGACGGAGGACAUACGUAGAGUCGCUCACAUUGCGAUGUGCCACAUGAUGGAUGCAGUGCAAUGGAGACGAUUCGCUGGACGCCGACAACGGCUGGCAGGGCAAGGCACAAUUCAUCUUUAUUGUCGUCUGUAAAAACGGGACUCACGAGGAAGGUAGGAGAGAAGCAGAGACACGCGGAAAGCCAGCACUUGACGUGCAUCGUCUGCUUCUGGUCCAUUCGGAAAUUCAGAUCGUUACUUGAUCGACAAAGCGUUUGAAUUCGAUAGCAACGGCAAGGGUUUUGAUUUGGAGCCAAGGACCCACCCACAAAUCAGCCACGUGACAGUCCUUGGCCCCGGCAGCAGCAACGACACAUGGGAGCGGACGGCGGCAUCGAAGCGGCUGUUCGAGUUCAGGGAAGGGGCGGGAGGGACGUACGUCAACUUCAUUGUGACGGAUGCCGAGGCAGGUAUCGACUUCGACGACUUCGAUGAAGACGGUACGAACAAAACCAUGCAGAUGGAGUCACUGAGUCACUGCAUCAUUUGUAUGCGACUGUAUACGGGCGCCGCUCCGUUCACUUCGUCCUACCCCAAUGAGACGAGUCCCCUGCAGUUCCCGGACUUCUUCUAUUGGUCGCCACUCGCCAUCAUGCACAACAUCGACGCACUGCGAUACAAACCCGAUGUCAGCACAUCUGUCCCUGAGCCCAUCGACGUGCUAACCGUCGACCCCAUGCUGAAUCAGGCAAACACACACACCACAAAAGAGACACGAGCGCUCGCACUUCCUGUUCGACCGACACACCUCCUCAGCCGCCGCACGAUGUCUCCACCAGCUGUGCAUGUAUGGCUAUGUGA